AUCAUAUCAGAUAAAGUCUGCAUUUGUUUACCUACAAAAUUGAAAACAGUUUUUUAGAUUAAAGAGAAUUUUAAUAUUUGUCUACUAUAAUAUAUAUGGUUUAAAAAUGGAUUUUAUACAGAAUGUGAAUUUAUUGCAAUCCGAUUUAAUUGGUGGAGGUACAGUGUCAAAGGACCACCUGCACAUCAAAAGCGAAAUCACUUUUGAGGAUGAAAAAAUAACAGAGACCACAUUCAUGGAUUUGCCAAUGGAGCAAAUAUGUCAAGUGGAAGUCGAGACAGCUCAAGGAAUCAGCGAUGAACUUACCCCAAGUUACAUCAACGUUGGAGAAAUGUGUGCAUUGCAGAAAGAUGUUGAACAAGAUACACAGAAUGAUUUGGAAUUUUCGGAUGCCUUAAAUGAUCAUAACUAUACAUCUCAAGAAGUGUUAAGUCAACCUAAGUUGGAUAAUGUUAAAGAUGUGCUUCUGAGUUACAUUAUAACCAAUGGAUCCAUUGUUGAAACGAUUCCAGAAAAUGUCACAAACUUCAUAGAUGAUACAAUUGAUAAAAUGAAACAGCUUAAAUUAAAAAAUAUCGAUAAGAAAGCUGAUGAAAAUCCUCUUAAUGAAUGUCUAACUCGGAGUAACACGAUUCUUUCAGAAAACUGUUCAGAACCCUUGGAAGUUGAGGGCAGUGAUGAAUAUUUUGAAAGCCUUUAUAAGCACAUGGCUGAAAAUAAAAGUGUGUUAAGUACUAUUUUAACGAAUACAAUUGAUUUUGUAAAGGAUUUCUAUAAUGAAUGCAAAUCAUUAUCCUCAAAAACAGAAGAAGAGUUCAAAGAAUAUAUAUUUGAAAAAAUUAAAAAACUUAAGAUAGUUGCCAAUAUUAAUAAAACAUCUGAUCAAUCUAUUCAAACAUUUUCAAAAGGUUCGCUAAAAAAAAGGCGUAGAAUUAAUCAUAACGCCAAAAAGUAUCUCUUAGAUACAUCUGCUACCUCUACUACAGAGAGUGAAUGUGAAAGUUUGGAUGGUCCUAACAAAGACGAAAAUCCAAAAGAUCGAAAUUUAUUAGCCAAACCUUUGGAUGAAACUUAUAGUUUGAAAAGAGAAUUUGAGUACAGCGAUGGUAUUGAUCUUAGUAAAUAUAUUAAUUUAGGUUUUAACAAUAGUAAUUUUUGGCAAACAUCUCGUGAUUUUGACAAUGACAACACAAAUUCAGGUUCUUCCGAAAAUAAUACGGAUAAAGAAAUAGAAAGGCUCACCAAUUUAAAUGGACUUAAAAAGCGACAUACCCAAAACAGGGGAAUCAAAUCGAAUGAUAAAAUUAAUCAAAAAUUUGUGGGUACUAAAGCUGCGAAUAUGCCUACUGUAUUGGAUGAUGAUUUGGAGAUGUACGAUACUGAAAAUAGUUUCAAAGAAAGUGAAGAUGAGGUUAUAACGGAGAAUCAAUACCUGCUACGAUUUAACGAGCAAAUCAAACAGCAAUUAUUAAAUGAGUCAAACAGUGAUUCUGGUCUUUCGGAUCAAAGCGAAUACAAUCUCUCAAAAGAAUCUUCAACUGAAGAUGAGAAUAAGGGAGAUGUGGUGGACAAAUUUUUGCAAGUUUUUGAAAGCGAACCAUAUAAUAAGGACGAUGAAAUUAAUGAAACUAAUGAAACUAAAUUGGAAUCUGAGAACAAAGAAUCUGAUAGUUUUGAAGUACUCUCGACUGAUAACUUUAUUAACAAAAAUAAAUCCAAGAAAUCAUUGGAGAAAUUAUUAUGUGAAGCGGAAAAACGUAAUCAAAACGAAGAAAUUGUUCUUAGUUCAGAAAGUGAUUAUUCUGAUGUUGAGCCAGAGCCAGUUGAAGAAAAAACGAGAUUUAUUAAACCAAUGCUUCGUAUGGAUCAGUUGGCUAAUGAGACAAGAGCUGCUCAAAAAUCAGAAAGUGAGAGGAUACGAAGGCUGGAAAAAAAACAUGUGAUUCUAUCGAAGGCAAUAAAAAACAAAUCUGGAAAUUCCAAAAAAGGUGAUUUAAUACUUGAUUACAUGGAGAGCACAAAAACAUUUAUAAAGGUCGAUGACGACAUCGUGAAACAAUUGAAGCCACAUCAAAUCGACGGAGUUAAGUUCAUGUAUGAUUCAUGCUAUGGAGGAAUUGAUCACUCUAAAAAACACUCUGGUUCGGGAUGCAUUUUGGCUCAUUGCAUGGGCCUUGGAAAAACUUUACAGUUAAUAGCUCUACUGCACACCGUUAUUUCAUACAAAGAACUGAAUACAACCAAAGUCUUAGUUCUGUGUCCUAAGAGUACAGUUAUGAAUUGGGCUGAUGAACUGCAACGCUGGUUGGGGCCACUGAAAAGCAAGACUCAUAUAAAAGUUUUCGUUUUUCCGGAUUCAUCUGAUAUUUCAGAUAAAUUACGAGUAUUGGAAGAUUGGUCGUUGUCAUCUGUUAACCGAGCUGGUUGCUUAUUGGUGGGAUAUGAAGCUUUCCGGACUCUUGUGUUCUAUCACUCAUAUAAAAACCGAGGAAAUUUAAGUUCUACAAAACUGGAGAGUAUUCGAGAAAAAGUAAACAAAUAUUUACUGCAACCUGGUGCGGAUCUUGUGGUCUGCGAUGAGGGUCAUAUUAUAAAGAAUAGCAAGUCCGCUAUAAGUUUAGCUGUCGCUAAAAUCAUAACUCCAAAGCGAAUUAUUUUAACUGGAACUCCAAUUCAAAAUAAUUUAAAAGAAUAUUACAGUAUGGUUAACUUUAUAAAGCCAUUAUACCUCGGUACAGAAAAGGAAUUUGCCAAUUUAUAUGCGAAUCCAAUAAAAAAUGGACAACACAAGGAUUCAGGCAAAAAGGAUAUUACAGUUAUGAAGCAAAGAUCGUAUGUCUUGCACAAAAAAUUAUCAAAAUUUGUACAGAGAAAGGAAGCUGAACUGUUGAAGACUUUUUUACCGCAAAAAUUUGAAUAUGUUCUUUUUAUACCCAUGACUGAGGUUCAGAACACUCUAUAUGAAUUUAUUUUAGAAGCUAUAGCCAGUCGUGGAGAUAGUCGAGGAAAAAGUCUCAUCACCGAUUAUACUGUUUUAAGAAAGAUUUGGACACACCCUAAAGUUCUUGAAGACGCGUGGAAGAAUGCUAACGUUCAAAAAAAUAAAAAAGAUAACAAAAGACAUGGAUGUCCGCAUUCUGACGACGAUCAGCCGGAUGAUAUUUAUGACAGUCAAACUGGUGUGAUUUCUGUGACUAAUGAUUGGUGGCGAAAAUAUCUUUCAAAAAAAGAUCUGGAGACAAUAAUGCCUAGUAAUAAACUUCGAACAAUGUUUUCGAUUCUUCGUAUGUGCGAAGAAAAAGGCGAAAAAUGCUUGAUCUUCUCGGCUUUUGUUGCAGUACUUAAUGUGGUUGAAUAUUUUUUUAAAAAAAUAACAGAAUCGGAUACUGAAAUACUACAGCACAUUCAUAUUCCAACAAGUUAUAAAGUUUCAAAUACUUGGAUUAAUGGCCAAGAUUAUUAUAGGCUAGAUGGAAAAACACCGAAAAAUAUUAGACACGAAAUGAUAAAACGUUUUAACAGUGAAGCUAACAGAAGAGCUCGCGUUUUUUUGAUAUCUGCCAAGGCUGGAGGCCAGGGCAUAAAUCUAAUUGGUGCAAAUAGAGUUAUAAUUCUGGAUACUUCAUGGAAUCCUUCUAACGAUCAGCAGAAUAUAUUUCGUAUAUUUAGACUGGGCCAAAAAAAAAACUGUUAUAUAUACCGUCUACUAGCAAUGGGAACAAUGGAAGAGAAGGUCUACUCACGAUCCGUUACAAAACAAGCAAUGAGCUUUCGAGUAGUCGAUGAGCAGCAAAUUGAUAGACAUUACAAUAUGGCUGAGUUGGCUGAACUAUACACGUUAACUGUCCCCAAACAAUGCGAAAGGACAAUGCCUGUAUUACCAAAGGAUACCAUAUUAGCACAUCUUUUACGUCAAUCAGAGUUGGUUUAUAAAUAUCACGAGCACGACAGUUUGUUGGAAAAUAAAGUAGAACAAGAAUUAAGUGAACAAGAAAAAGCUGACGCUUGGGAUACAUAUGAAAGAGAAUUGCAAAUGAACUUGGCCCAACAGGAAGGAUUAAAUGCCGAGAAGAUACAAAAUUCUAUUCCUCCCGCAAAACUGGCAUCUUAUUUGGGCUCUGUUCCGAGUCUUGAUAUGCAAACUUUAUUAAGUUACAGUCUACAAUCGGCGUCACUUAUGCCAACGUACAGUUAUGGAUUAAAUCAAAAUUAUGUAGAUGCUUUAAAUUUUUAUCAAAAGUAUGCAUCUCUGCGUUACUCAGACAUGAACUCUUGCUUAAAUGAAAAUAGCUUUGGUCCAUCUCCUCUCAACGUUCUCAGUACGCCAGGUCUUAAUCGCUUUCCAUCAAAUCCAUCGAUUCUAUCACAUAUGCAAAACCUUACAAAUUCUAAAUCACAGGGUAGAGACUUAUUUGAUACACAAAAAGCUCGAAGUAGCACAAUAAAUCAUUCACAAUUUCCCCAUCCGAUUCCUUCAGAAACUACAUCACUGGAAAAUUCAUCAGCGAAUUCCAACUCAAAUAAUGUUCUUGCAAGCUUAGGUCCUUACAAGCAGUUGCUUGAAAACCCGCUAUCAAAUAUAUUAAAUUAUACCCCUCAGGGGUACAUUUCACCUGCUCAAGCUGACAACUUACAUUCAAAUUUAAAGGGAGGUCUUAAUGCCUUCCCCAAUAUGCUUUAUCCAGACAAGGCACUAGAUGCACUUGAGAGUAUGAAUAUGAAAGAAAAAACAACUAAAACCAAGACCGUUGAUCCGAAAAUUGUGAGCUCAGUUGAUCUUACAUCUUCAUCGCCAGUUAGUGUACCAGUCAGUAGUCCACUUUCAAAGAAUUCGGUGAAUUUAAAGAAACAUCAAACACUUACCACAAGUUCAAUUGAUACUAAUAAAUCAUCGUUAGGAUCUGAGUCGGUGACUGCCGCUGCAGUAAAACAUACGACGCCCUUAAAGGGAGCGGUGAAUUUUGCGUCAGUAUAUCCCAGUGGCGCCGCACCAUCCAUUUCAAAAGAUUAUCUAAAAAGAAAUUCGGAAAUGCAAAUAAUACCAACAACAAGUCCUCCGGGUACAAGUAGCAUUACAAAGCAACUUAAUGAAAUAUCUCCCAGCAUAAGUCUCACUGCUGUUAACUCAUUAACAGAGAAACCCAAAUCCCGCAGGCAGGCCUUGCAAAAAAGUUCUUCCAAUUUAAAUGUAGAUAAAAUGCAAAAUGCAAAUAUUUACAAGUUGAAGAAUAAUUUACAUCAGAAUAUAUCAUCAAUAUCGAAAGCUUCAUUGAAUGUAGUUAAAGAUGCUACCGCGGACUACAAAACAACCUCCAACAAAAAUAGCGCCGAAUCAAUGCCAAACAAUUCUAAGUCAAUGACGACACUAAAUAAAAAAAUGUUACCCGAAUCAUUCUAUAAAAGCAAAACCAUGAACACAACACAAAAUAUAUUAAACACUAUCGGUAAUAUACCGACGAAUUUCGCUAAAGAAGGUCAAAGCUUAAGUGACGGAAGGCCUUUCACAAAUGACGGUUCAAUUCGAAUUGAUGUAAAUUUGCCAGGGGAAAAGUCAAACCGUCUUGCUAGGAAAAGGUCUACCGAAAGUCCAAGAGAAAAUCUAAGUAGUAAACGCACUAAAUUAUAA